AUGUGCGGGCGGCCCGAGAGGGACGACCUUACGCCUGCGGAAAGGUGCGGCCGUCCCGACUACGCCUGGGCGCCCGUGCCCCACUCCGGAGCUCAGCAGCAAAGGCAUCAAGGCGUAGUUGUCCGCCUUGUCGUCGCGAUCUCUUGCGAGCUGGUCGUGGCCAGAAGAUCGAAGGUCACUGUUCAGCAGAAGUCUGCUUGCAAGGCUGUACUCGCCAUCGACACUCGGAGUCUUAGUCUGGAGCUCCACGGGCACGCAAAUGGUCGUGCGACCUCACGCAAGCAAGAGACCUACCAAAUUGCUGGCGUAGUCAUGCUCCCAGGCGUCAAGGACGCCAAUUAG